AUCAUCUCACUCACCAGAUGGUCUUCUCAUGUCCUCGGAUCCUCUUGGAGUCUGCGUGUCGGGACGCCAUCGUCGUAAACCGGGCAACGCACGUCAAUCCGAUCGUGAGACGCAUACGCAAGCACACUACUCGACACACACGCCGCUUGACAUCAGUGGAAAUGAUAUUGCCACGAGUAAAUAUAAAGGGAGGUGUCCAAAUAUUACUAACUGCACAAUUCCAACUAAACCGGAUUAUGUCUUCUCGUUCCUGCAAGCUAAUUUUAGUGUAUUUUAAUAUGUUGAAAUAUGUUUUUUAAGCAUGUGGGGGGGGGGGGGGGGGGGGGGGGGUGAAACAAGCCACCCAUUUUUGUAUAUGGUCUGUAUUUCACAGGUGGCUCCGGACCGUUUCCAAAUCCACAUUUGAUCCAUCCAUCCUUAAUAACUGAUAUUAUUGCGAAUUCAUUGAUAGGAUCAUUAUUGAUACAAAAUAAUAAUCAAUAACCAGAAAAGCCAACAAUAAAAUUGUUUGUUUAAUGGAAAAUUAUUAAUGUCGCUGCUGACUAUUAUAUUAUCUAUUCUUAGAUAAUAUUUGAUGUAUACUAAUGAUAUUAGUUUUAUGGAUGAAUACAAAUUCCUUUUCGAUUUUUGGACUAAACGAAUCAUAAUUGAAUAUAUUAGACCCAUGAAAUGAUAAUGCCAAACAAGAAAUGUGCUUUUGUAGCAUUGACCUCGGACAGUUCGCAUUUUGGAGUCUCCCCCUGCAGACUCGGCUCGGUUCGGCUCGUCUCGGGUUUCCAGUCCACGCCCCGGUCCGCGUCUUCCCCGCCUCCGCGCAUCCACGCCCGACCGCUCUGCUCGUGCACGGCGGAACCCCCCCCCCCCCCCCCCCCCCCCGAAGGCGACGGGCAGGCGGGCAGCGCGAUCCGAGACUGGACGCAGCAGAAUCGGAACCGCCGCAUCGCGACGAUGACGACGAGACAAAACCUGGUCGCCGCUUGAGCCCAUAUAGAGAAAAAACCCCCCAAAAAACCGAGACCCUCGAAAGGAAGGCAUCAUGAUCCCCGUGAUGGAAUUCCGCCAGUUCUCGGAGCAACAGCCGGCCUUCCGGGUCCUGAAGCCGUGGUGGGACGUGUUCACCGACUACCUAUCCGUCAUUAUGCUCAUGAUCGGUGUGUUCGGAUGCACCCUCCAGGUGAUGCAAGACAAGAUCAUCUGCCUCCCGCACAGAACAUCAUCGUCCCCCGACAACACCAGCGAAGUGGCCGUGAAGCCUUUGCAGCUGCGUUACAACCUCUCGUCCGGGCCGAGAGAAAUGAGCGGCCUGAAGACGGACCUGGAUCUCCAGCAGUACAGCUUCAUCAACCAGAUGUGCUACGAAAAGGCCCUGCACUGGUACGCCAAGUACUUCCCUUACUUGGUGCUGAUCCACACGCUCGUUUUCAUGGUGUGCAGCAACUUCUGGUUCAAGUUCCCCGGGUCCAGCUCCAAAAUUGAGCACUUCAUCUCCAUGCUGGGCAAAUGCUUUGACUCCCCUUGGACCACCCGGGCUCUGUCCGAGGUGUCCGGAGAGAACCCAGAGGACACAGACCACAAAAAGAGCGGCACUGUGGCGUCCCCCGGAGGAGUUGGUUUGGAGAAGACUCAGUCGCUCCGUUCCAUCCCAGAAAAAAUUGUUGCAGACAAACCAUCGGCAAGCGUUCUGGAUAAAAAGGAGGGGGAGCAAGCCAAGGCGCUCUUUGAGAAGGUGAAGAAGUUCCGUUUGCAUGUGGAGGAGGGUGACAUCCUCUACCUCAUGUAUGUGCGGCAGACGGUUUUCAAGGUGUUCAAGUUCCUGCUGAUUGUUAUCUACAACAGUUCCCUGGUGGACCAGGUGCGCAACAGGGUGCCCUGUGAGGUGGAGAUCCAGGACAUGACCGGCUACAAAGAGUUUGAGUGCAACCACACCAUGGCGCACCUCUUCUCUAAGCUCUCCUACUGCUACCUAUGCCUGGUGGCGGUCUAUGGACUCACCAGCCUGUACACGUCCUACUGGCUGUUUUACCGCUCCCUGAAGGAGUACUCGUUUGAGUAUGUGCGUCAAGAAACGGGUAUCAGCGACAUCCCGGACGUGAAGAACGACUUCGCCUUCAUGCUGCACAUGAUCGACCAGUACGACCCGCUGUACUCCAAGAGGUUUGCCGUCUUCCUGUCUGAGGUCAGCGAGAACAAGCUGAAGCAGCUCAACCUCAACCACGAAUGGACGGUGGAGAAGCUGCGGCAGAGGCUGCAGGUCAACGCCAACAACCGGCUGGAGCUGCAGCUCUUCAUGCUGCCCGGCCUGCCUGAUACCGUCUUCGAGCUAAGCGAGCUGCAGUCACUCAAGUUGGAGAUCAUCAACAACGUGAGCGUCACCGCCUCCGUCUCACAGCUGGAGAACCUUCAAGAGCUCUCGUUGUAUCAGUGCUCCAUCAAGCUACACACCACAGCCAUGUCCUUCCUCAAGGAGAACCUCAAGGUGCUCCGUGUCAAGUUCGACGAUGGCAGGGAAUUCCCCAGCUGGCUGUACGGCCUCAAGAACCUGGAGGAGCUUCAUCUCACUGGGUCGCUGUGCUCGGAUGCCUCCAAAAACAUCAUCCUGGAGUCGCUGCGGGAGAUGAAGUGCCUGAAGACGCUGUCGCUGAAGAGCAAUCUGACCAAGAUACCGCAGUCCAUCGUGGACGUGUCCAACCACCUGCAGCGACUCUACCUCCACAACGAUGGCACCAAGCUGGUGAUGCUAGGCAACCUGAAGAAGAUGACCAACCUGACUGAGCUGGAGAUGGUACGCUGCGACCUCGAGCGCAUCCCGCACGCCAUCUUCAGCCUGACCGGCCUGCAAGAGCUGGACCUGAAGGAGAACAAUUUGCGUUCCAUCGAGGAGAUCGUUAGCUUCCAGCACCUGCGCAAGCUCACUUGCCUGAAGCUGUGGUACAACGGCGUCAUGUACAUCCCCGAGCAUAUCAAGAAGCUGGGCAGCCUUGAGCGCCUCUACUUCAGCCACAACAAGAUUGAGAUCUUGCCCUCGCACCUGUUCCUGUGCAACAAGCUGCGCUAUCUGGACCUGUGUCACAACGACAUCCGCUUCAUCCCACCGGAGAUCGGCGUCCUGCAGAGCCUGCAGUACUUCUCGGUGGCUUGCAACAAAAUUGAGAACCUGCCCGACGAGCUCUUCUUCUGCAAGAAGCUUAAGACACUGAAACUAGGCAAAAACUCGCUGUCCGUCCUAUCGCCAAAGAUCUCCUACCUCGCCCAGCUGCUGCACCUGGAGCUGAAGGGGAACCAUUUUGAGCUCCUACCGCUGGAGUUGGGCUGCUGCCGGGCGCUCAAGCGCAGUGGUCUGGUGGUCGAGGACGCCCUGUUUGAGACUCUGCCGUCAGAUGUCAGGGACCAGAUGAAGGCGGAGUGAAGAUGCCUUAAUGUCACCACAGUGCCUGCUGUUUGCUUCCUCGCUUAUUUUGUAGGAUCAGGAUCUUAUGAUCCCACCUACAGUACAUGGGACUUACACUAGUUUCACUGAAUCUGUUUUACAGUUUCCUGUACUGAUUUUCGAAAUUCAGCCCCUUAAACAUGAAAUUUGGUAGACAUUUUUGUUUUAAAUAGACCAUGAAACCAUACACCCAAACACACAGGAAGUCUGCUAUAUAAGCCUCCUUUUGGCCGUUUCUAAAGGACCUCCAUAGAUGGACUCAUCCUAGAGAUUUUGCCCAAAUGCUACCAAAUUUGAACCACAUUACGAGACAUAAGGAUGAUACUGAAACGCAAAGCAUGUUUAUCUUCAUCACUGCGCGUGGGCGGAGAAUGGCGGUGACGAUUGAUGAUUUCCCAAACAACACCAAAAGGUUGAUUCCACAUGGUCUGAGCUUGACUAAACGUCUUCCCCGAUUAAAAUCAAUCAUCCAUCCAUCCAUUUUCAACACUGCUUAUCAUGGUCAGGGUCGCGGGGAGCUGGAGCCCAUCCCAGCUGACUUCGGGCGAAAGGCGGACUACACCCCGAACUGGUCGCCAGUCAGUCACAGGGCACAUAUAGACACGGACGACCAUUCGCACUCACAUUCCCACCGUAACUGAGUGGGAACUGAACCCACGCCGCCCGCACCAAAGUCAGGCGAGUGUACCACGACACCAUCAGUGACUAAAAACAAUCAAAAUAGAAAAAUACCAAAGACAACCUAAUACGUAGUACCACAUCUAUUCCUAUUCUUGUCAAACAGCUUUCUGAGGAGAUGCCCCACUGCAUAUCAUAGUUAUCUCCUGGGGUUUUGAAUCCGGGCCUACUUGACUUUUACCGCAGCUAAUUAAAGACAUGAAGGACGACUUGACCUUAUUCAAGCCUCAUUUACAUGUAUGUUCAUUGGCCGCAACAUUAGGUACACCUCCACGAUCAACAAUGCAAUCCAAGAUAAAAGCUGUAUUGAAAGACACAUUUAUUUUUCAGAGGUAUUAAUUUAGCAAACUGCCAUGUGGCAUAUGCAUAUAUAUAUAUAUAUAUUACAGUAUGUUUCUAUAUAUAUAAAAAAUAUGAUCAAAUAAAAUAAAAAAAAUAUUUGACAUAAUGUCAUAGGCAUUUUGUGCAUUACAUUAAAAAAAUCCCAGUAAAAUGUAUUUUUUAAAAUUGUAUUUUAUAAUGUGUUUUUUUUAUAUAACAAUACAGUUGUAUACAAUUGUAUCGGUCCUUGUUAGAUUGUGCAAAUGCAGUUCAUAAAAUGCAUAAAUACUUUUGUAUGCGGUCGGUGACAACAAGGAACGUAGCGUAUCUGCGAAUGUUGAAUCAAGUGAACUGUUCUUGUUUGUUUGUUAAACGGCUUUUCUUGUUAAACUACAAAAGGGAGGAGUGGAUGACUGAAAAGCUACCCAGACAAAGGACAGCAUAUAUCUUACAAAGAACUAUGCCUUAAUUGAAGCCCUGUACAUAACAUAAAGAUUAUUUUACAAGUUUAAAUAAAACUUUUGGAACUUU